AUGGAGGCCAUGAAACAGCAAAGGCGAUUACUCUUCAAAGUGGAAAAGAGGUGGAAAAGGUUGACAAUGAGGAGAGAAAUUCAACCAAAACUGGGGCUGCCCCCUCUCCCAGGCUUACGAUUCCAACUAACAACUCUAAGGUUUUUGAAUUCAAAGAAGGAGCAAGUUUCAAAGGAUAUCCUAGAGACUUUCCGAAAAGUGCAAGUGAACAUUCCCUUGCUUGAUGCGAUCCAGCAAAUUCCAAGCUAUGCAAAAUUUCUCAAAGAACUUUGUACAAAUAAGAGGAAGUUCAAGGAGCAUGAAACCGUGGCCUUAAGUGAAGAAGUCUCAGCUGUGCUAUUGCGUAAAUUGCCUCCUAAACUAAAGGAUCCAGGGAGUUUUACUAUACCUUGUCUCAUUGGAAAUCAAAGGUGA